GCUCGCGAACAGGCAGGGACCUGUGGCUACUGUAGGUAAAUCAGGGUCCUUGUUCACACCGGGUUUGGAUUCACCCCUGAAACGGCCUCUCCGUCAUUAUGAAAACUUAAAUUAACAGCCAGAGAGCUUAAUAUUUGCACCAACCAAUGAAUGGAGAGGCCACAGAGAGCAACCUUGACCUUCAACCAAGGAAAGAGGUCAAUGGUCUGGAUUCGUCAAUGAAUGGGGAGGCAUCAACACCACCUGUUUCUACACGGUCCGGUGUGUGGACAAGGUCCAGUGUAGAAAAGUCAAUGAUUACUGCAACGCCCACUCCAGCUAAUAAGGACAAAUAUACGGUUCAGGUAGUCACAAAGUUUAUGUGCCGAUUUUGUGCAAGGCAAUUUGAUACACCUGUCGAAAUGCAAAACCACAUAGCAACACACUCCAGGGGCAAGUCAUCCUCACAUUCGUGCUAUGUUUGCGGAAAAACUUACUCGACACCAUCAAAAUUACAACGUCAUGUGAGAGUUCACAGUGGAGAACGUCCGUAUGCUUGCAAUAUAUGUGGUCGUAGAUUUACGCGCUCUGACCAUGUCAAACAACAUUUAAAAGUUCAUAUGCCGCAGAAACAGAGAAAUGUUUGUCGUCUUUGUGACAUGAAAUUUUUACGUCGCCAGACCUUGCAUUCUCAUUUGCAGCAGAUUCAUGGGGUGUCAACAGUGUUUACAUGUCAUCGUUGUGGCGAGGCUUUCGAUUUGAUAACGCAACUCCAUACCCACAAGGAAAGCCAUCUGUCGUUAUACCCUCCCACAACAGAAGUCACAGAAAAUGGUGUUAUCAUAAAAAAAGAACCAAGUAUACCAGAGGAUGAUGAAAAUCCUGUCACAGGCCUUGCAAAAUUCAGUUUAGGUCCCCAACCACAGGUUCCAGAAGACGUCUCUGGAAAACGUGAUUCAGUGCCUCGUAACAAUGUAGUAAGCCAUGUCCCAGCCAAAGUGAAUAAAUCAAAUGGUCUGCCUGCCGAUUUCCAACUCAGCGAAGACAUUGCUAUGGAAAGCAUCAUCAAAGAUGCCAUUUCAAAUGCUGUGCAGAAUGAGAUGGAAAUGGCAUAUGGAGGAUCAAAUACAUUGAAGAAAGAAAUGGAAACUUUUGAAGGAAGGGAGACAAAUGAAACAAAUAACGGAGAUGGUGAUAACAACUAUCAGUCUACAACUACCAUCACCGAUGAUAUGAAUAUGUUUAUUUUACCAUCAGACCUGAAAAAAAUCAAACAGGAACCAAAAGAUGCAGACGAAAUGGAGGAAAAUGCUGAAGCUGCUGCAGAGGCUGAAACAUCCAAUGAUUUAAGUAAGGAAUGCCAGACCAUGGAUAAUGACGAUGAUGAUGAUGAAUCCGAUGAUGACGAAAAAUCUAAAGAAGAUGAUGGCAAAACUGAUGAAAAAAAUGAAGAAAAUUCAGCAUCAAAAACCAGCGAAGAGGAGAGUUCAAAUAAUGAAACACAGAAUAAUGGAACUACUCCCAAUGUUCAGGAAAUACGAGUGGGGCCAAGAUCAGCUACUGGUGUCAAAAAGAUGAAAUUCAAGGUCAUUGGACCAGCAAGUUACAAGGCAGCCAUGCAGCAGAAAUUACGAGCCAAAUUAAAAUCCUAUGUUCCAAUUUCUACCAUCCCAACAGUCAGUUCUAGCCCUGGAAUAACCAGCGCUGCAGGAAAUAGUGCUAAUAUGUCCAAAUUGGUGAAUGCCCCUCAGUCGGGUUGGGGAAGCACUUUGACAACACUUUCAGCGGGUCCAAGCACCGUCAACAAAAUUCCCGCAGGAACUCAAGUGAAAAAAAUGAUGCGAUGCGAACAUUGUUGUAUAUGGUUUGAGGAUUAUGCAAUGAGUUUACUGCAUAACUCCCUCCACUCCGCAGACGAAUCAGAUCCGUUCACCUGCAGAAAAUGCUUAAAGAAACUUGGGAAUCGUCUUGAAUUCACAGCACAUUUAGUAUGGCAUCUAGAACCUACCAUGGAUGGGUAAAAAAUAAUACUCAAGUUCAAUAAGAAUUCAGUAUAUAUAAAAGUAUUUUUCAAAAAAGCAAAAUUUAUUUGCUAAUUUAAAUUCUGUGUAUAAUGAAAUGUAUCUGAGCUAACACUUUAUAAUCAUUCCCGGGUUGGAUAGAAAUUGUGAAUGUCAGUUUUAACAGUAUAUUUCUGUAAACUUAAUUUCACAAACAUAAUACUGUUAAGAACACUU